AUGGGCUCUCACUAUGUUACAAAAAACGACAAAAGUGAGGCACUUCAUACAUUGACGGCCUGGUCAGCAUUAAUUAAUCGGCCUCAUCAUUACCUUAUUCCUAAUCAUAAUAUUUGGCAAGAUGCAUUUGAG